UUUGGCACUCUCGGAAAAAGUGCGUUUUUUCGCAGCUGGCGGCGCUCCCUCGAGUUGGUGAAUGGGAGCUGGAAAGGGAAAAAAAGUCAGUCGUUGCCCGCCAAGCAGUUGAGACGUUUGAUACGUGCUAAAGAGCGAGGCCUCUGAGUUGAGAGAAAAAUAUAUAUAUAUAUCCUCUUGCAUUGUUCCUCAAUCAAGUUUGUGACAUGGUUGUUAAUCAAAGCAGCCUACAAUUGACAGUGGUUGAUAAGAUUCCAAAGGAAACAUAAGAACUCUGAUUGUAGAGCUUCUUUUUUGAUCGCCCCUUCCGUCCGGGUGACUGAGAUUCCGCAACAUCAGACCUUCAGUGUUCCGACCGCUCUUGUUGUGACGGUUGCCCAUGUGCGAAUAUGAAUAAAUGACCCCAAUGGCUGCUGCUUACCUAAGUGGUGUCCCGGUAUCCACGAACAACAACGGGGAUCCUUCCUCAAACAGUGUCACUCCUGAAGACUCCUUGACUCACUCCGGGGUGAUGAACCUAGUGAAUGCGGGUUACGGGUCGCCUCGAAGUGCAGUCGAUAUGCAUGAAAUGAAGUACCUCCCUCCCCAGCACCAGUCCUUGCAUAAUGGCCAUCAUGCCUUGGCCUCUCACACGCACUGGGGGAUCCCCACUCCGGAUGCGGCCUCACAUUGGGCCAUGCACCCCGGCGUCCAUCCCCUCUAUUCUCAGGAUCUCAAGCAAGACAUUAAACCACACAGUCCGGCCGACUUCCAAAACUCGGUGGUCAGUCGCUCAGUGUCAGGGGCCACGCACCCCGCGGCCAUGGCCGCUGUAGCCGCCCAUCAUCCAUCCAGUUGGAACCCUCCACCUGUGUCAUCGCCCUACCUCUCCAUGACCCCGAGUUCUGGGGGCGGUGGUGGUCCAAAUUCGCCAUCCCCACUCCAGCACCAUCCUGCCUACGGCAUGAAUGGAGUCCUCCCUGGUCAGAUGCAUCAUCCGUUUGUGGAGCGAUAUCGGGAAAGUCAUAACUCGAGUCCACGUUCCGGGACUGACGAAGAUGGAAUGCAAACACCGACCUCAGACUCCUGCUUUUCAGACGACUUGGAGUCCUUUGCGAAGCAAUUCAAGCAAAGGCGAAUUAAACUGGGCUUCACUCAAGCGGAUGUGGGAUUGGCCCUUGGUACCCUCUACGGCAACGUGUUCUCACAGACUACGAUCUGCCGAUUCGAGGCCCUCCAACUCAGCUUCAAGAACAUGUGCAAACUUAUGCCCCUGCUGAAGAAGUGGUUGGCAGAGGCCGAUUCCACCACGGGGACCUCGGCGUCCAUAGACAAGAUCGCUGCCCAAGGCCGGAAGCGGAAGAAACGCACCAGCAUCGAAGUGUCCAUCAAAGGUGCUCUCGAGCAGCAUUUCAAUAAGAACCCCAAACCCUCAGCUCAGGAGAUCUCAAUGCUAGCAGACAGCCUCCAGUUGGAAAAGGAGGUGGUGCGGGUCUGGUUUUGUAACCGGAGGCAGAAGGAGAAGCGGAUGACCCCACCCCAGAUUGGUGGUGAAGGUUAUUCUCCGCUCGACGGAAAUGGAGAGCACCAUCUCCCUCCGGGUCACUAUGACCAUCCCAAUCCUCACCACCUCUCUCAUGACCCUAGGGAUCACCUAUCGUCAAUGGGUCAGUGUUCACCCGCCAGUUCCAUCCACGCCCACCAGCACAGUCCGCCAAUGAUGUCGCCUCAGCACCUCCCCGGUCAUCUGGUACCCCAUUCCAUGCCUAACCACUGAUAUGGUACAUGAGUGUGGGUGGUGGCUGCAUGAACGAGACUUUCAUGCAGAAGAUACAGAAGACUCUUCUGACCUUCGAUCCAACACAACGACGAACUUCAAAAUGUGAACCAUUUUGCCCGGCCAGAGAAAAUCAGGUUCGCUUCACCAAUGCCACCAAAACACCACCAAUUCCUCCUGCUUUUCCUCAAGAUUGAAUACCGCAAAGAAUUGUCGACAAAUUAGCAGCUGUGAUUUCCUCAUUGGUGAUUUCUGUGAUCUGCCCCAUGCCCCUUAUUUGCCCCGCCCUUUCCCCCCGAUUUAGAACUUCCUCUUUCUCCCUAGACUCGCAAGCAAAGCAGCAGACUGAGCAAAGAAGACGACAUGCAACGCGACAAGAAACCACAACCACCACAACAACAAGAAGAUCAACUACUACUACAACGACAACAACAACAACAACAACAAAACAACAACAAACUUUUCCUUCCAUAGCCAAAGUGUGUACAGUUUUAGACUUUGCCGUGUGAUGAGAAGCAAGUCAGAAGUGCUCUUGUGCUCCUCAUCUUUUCCUUAGAACAAAAAGAACCAACAAGUUGAGUGUUUAAUGUGGAAGAUCAUUUGAAAUCCUCAAAAUCAGCUGUCGAUCCCUCUAAGUCAAAUCGAAUCGAAGAUCAGUUUCUAAGCUCAUUUUGAACGAAAAAAAUAAUGAAUUUAUUAGUGAUUCCUCUCAAUAACUUAAGCCACAUUUGAGGAUAUUACAUUGUUGUUAAAGACUCACUCAACCAAAUAUUCUCAAAAUAAAUGAAAAUGAAA